AUGGAGGUCGCGAUGGCGGUUGGUGCAGAAGCCAGCCGCGUAAGUCGCCGCAUAUUGCAGAAGAUAUGGGACCCGGAGCCAAUCAACGACCGGGACUCCAACGAACCGGUCUGGUGUCUCGGCCGCUCGUACACACUUGCCGCAAAUGUAUCUGGAACACCAUCCCCGCCCACCACCGGCACCCCGCCCGCCGACCGCACAACUACGGCGACAACGGCUGCACCAGCUCCAAUUGUGGCCCCUAAUCCAAGCAAUCAGCAGGUUCUCGACACACCGCCCGAUUCACUCGCAAGCAGCUUCGAUUCGUCGCUCGCAUACGAAUAUCCCAGCCAAGACAGUGGCUGGCCUCCCGCCUUUCUAGAUGACUUCGAAUCUCGGAUAUGGAUGACUUACCGGACCGGGUUCGAGACAAUCCCAAGGUCCACGGACCCUAAGGCGGCUUCGACAUUGUCCUUCGCAAUGCGCCUCAAGACCUCGUUUGGGGACCAGACGGGGUUUUCAUCCGACACAGGUUGGGGGUGCAUGAUUAGGUCAGGCCAGAGCCUGUUAGCCAACGCGCUGUUGAUUUCACGGCUGGGACGCGAUUGGAGGCGGACCACCGACCCUGGCGCCGAGCGCGAGAUCCUGGCGUUAUUUGCGGACGACUCCCGCGCCCCGUACUCCUUACAGAAUUUCGUAAAACACGGAGCGGUUGCCUGUGGGAAAUACCCUGGAGAGUGGUUCGGGCCAUCAGCGACAGCGCGCUGCAUCCGAGCUCUGGCGGACCAACACCGGAGCCCGUUGCGGAUAUACUCGACAGGUGAUCUCCCUGAUGUCUAUGAAGACAGCUUCCUGGCUACUGCUAAGCCUGAUGGCGAGACAUUCCAUCCGACCUUGAUCUUAGUAUGCACGAGACUGGGCAUUGACAAGAUCAACCAAGUGUAUGAGCAAGCUUUGAUUUCUACUUUACAGAUGGAACAGUCGAUCGGUAUUGCAGGGGGACGCCCUUCGUCCUCACAUUAUUUCGUUGGUGUCCAGAGGCAGUGGCUAUUCUACCUCGACCCUCACCAUCCCAGGCCAACCCUCCGGUAUCGCGAGAACCCCAAUGACUAUACGGCAGAAGAGCUAGACUCCUGCCACACUCGGCGGCUCCGAUCUCUUCACGUUGAGGAUAUGGACCCUAGCAUGCUGAUCGGGUUCCUAAUACAGGACGAGGAUGACUGGGAUAUGUGGAAGAGUGCCGUGAAGCACGUGCAGGGAAAAUCCAUCAUCACCGUUUCACCCCAUGACCCGGCGCGGGGUAUGGGCGCGGCCCGAGCUGAGGCCAUUGACGAAGUGGAAACUCUGAGUGACGACGACGAUGCGGACACAGUUCUUGAACAAUAA